AUGGCACCUGAGACGGCAGGACCGCUAUUGCAGUUUCCUAUCGACCUUUACAGGCAAAUGCGCCUCUCUGGGAACCAGGGAAACUUGGUCCUCUCUCCGUGGCUGGUCGCCUGCAUCCUCGUUAUGGUCCACCAGGGAGCGCGGGGAGACACUGCCAGUAAAAUCACGCGCCUCUUGCACGCCUCCUAUAGGACCUGGCGCAAGGGCGAGCUCCUGGAGCGGUUCGUGCGCUGGACCGGCGACCUGCGUCUGGGGCCUCGCCAAAGCAGUGGUGGCCUUCGCCUCACGCGUUACGCCUGUCUCUACCACGCUGAGUCCAUCGAGCUCACCGACGAAUACGCUGCGGGCAUGGGGAAGCUUGGCGUGCACUGUCACCGUAAAGACUUUGCUUUUAGCGCUGAGCAGUGCCGUCGCUCCAUGGACGCCUUCGCGCGUGCGAUGACGUCAUACACGGUGGCCGCUCCCGGUCAAGCGCUCCGGCAAGAGGAUGUCAACAAGCAAGCGCAGCUGGUUCUCGUAGGCCUUAUUCGACAGGAAGUUCGUUGGUGGCGCCGCUUCGACCGGGCCUCGGAGGGAGUCUUCUACGAGGCACGAGACCGGACUUGCACCAUCGCUAUGAUGACGCAGACGGCUCCGUUCCCGGUAGGUGAUUCGUCGGAACUCGGAGUGAGCCUUGCGGAACUGCCCUUUGAGUCACCUCACCAAUCACUAAUCAUUCUCUUGCCGUACGAUGUGGAAGGGCUUGCAAGCGUGGAAGAAAAAAUGAGCGCGUCCAAAAUUCUGCAUUGCUUAGGCAUGCUCAAAGAACAGGGGGACACUGUAGUGACUCUGCCGAAGUUCACCAUCAAGUGCGUCAUAGACUUGAAGCAACUGCUCUGUUCCAUGGGCGAAGGUGACGUCUUCUCAGAAGGAGCCGAUUUCUCGGGUCUGUGUAAAGUAUCGCACAAAGACGUCGUCGUGUCAUCCGCGAAGCAGUUUGUCUUCUUUAAGGCUGGUUGUAGUGGACCGGUUCCUGAUCCUGAUGAACAAUCCACUACAGGCGAAUCAACAGCUGCUGUAUCUGACCGUCCACCACGCAAGUUCACUGUGGACCGUCCAUUCUUGUUCCUCGUUGUAGGCAGGGAUCCAGAUAUAAUAUUUUUGAUUGGUUCAGUGAAAGGAAUAUCCUCAAACAAAUGUGAUGUUUAUAACAUGAACUAG